AACACGUUCACACAGUGGAAGUCAUGAAGCUGGCUGUGCUGCUGUAUUCUGUCCUGCUUCUCUCUGUCUCUGUCCUGUCCCAGGACGAUGAGACUGUGACUCAGUUUCCAGACAGUGAUGAGACAAUGAUGUCCGGAGCUCCAGAGCAAGAAGCUGUGUCUGAACCAAAAAAGCCUGCCUGUGAGAAGUAUGAAGGAGGAACCUGCACAAAGCAGUAUGAUCCAGUAUGUGGCAGUGAUGGAAAGACCUAUGGCACAGAGUGCGUUCUCUGUCAGCAAAACAGCAAAGAGAAGAAGAAUGUGAGAGUGGUAUUCAAAGGGCCGUGCCCUUCUUAACUGACUGUGGUGGACUGUGACACACACACAAACACACGCGCGCACACACACAC